UUUCUGGUUUUUGUUAGAUUAAGUUUUUUAAGCUAUUAGUAUAUGUUAAUUAUAGGAUAUUUGAGCUAAAUUUAGUCACUAGUUUUGAUAGCUUGCAUUAGUAUUUGAAACUUUAGUGUUCAUGAAUAUUUCUAAUGGAUGAUUUGUGGUGAAUUGUUUGGAGAGAGUGAAGAAAAGAUGCCUUGUAAAGAGCAUGUCCCGGUUAUAUGAAAAUAUCGUCUGGUGAAGCCUUGUUAGAUGAUAGCUUCACUGGUUCUUCUAAAUGUUUGAUCUAAUUUUUUAUACUAGAAAAUUGAUUUGAAGGUGACAAUGUUGUCAUCUAUGUAGUUACUGGCGUUGUCCUGAUGGCCAGAGGGUUGCGGUUAUGUAUCUGAAAUUCUCCAUAGCUAACUCCUAUGAUUGAGUGAAAUCAGUUAAGGACCUUAGGCAAGGCGAGGGAUUGUGAGUCUAUGAUUAUCUCCAGUGAUUUGUAAGCAGCCUUAUAUUUCGUCGUUGGUUGUUGCAUAUAUUUUUUAUUUUUCACUCCCUGAAAUCCCAAUCGCACUAGAGAUCCAUAACAAACAUAAAAGAUGUAUUACAAGAGAUUAAGUUAGCUUUUAGACAAUUGGGGUAGAAAUGGAGUUUCUUAGAAAUGAAGUAGUUUACCGUAACACAUUUUUGGGCAUGCUUAAACAUGCUAUCCUAUAUUUUCUUUUGCGCUCAAGAGAGUCGAAUUCAACUACUGUUUUUGGUUUAGUCAUCGUUCUUUAUUCAUUUAAUUGAAAAAUGUGUGCUAUGCAUAUAUUACUCGGUAAAUACGCUAUCUUUGCAGGGUCCACUUGGUUUGCUUUAGAAAUGAAAGAGAUAAGUGAUGAUUGUGAACGGUUCAUCGCUUUUCCUUCUGGACAUAUAUAUUUAAGAAAACAAGGUGGAUUGGAUUCAUCACUUAUUGUUGCUGUAGCAUCACGUUACUUGGAAGAAAUGGAAGGAGCUUACCAAUGGGGUUCACAGUUGCACUCCUUUUGCAUUGGACUGGAGGGUUCUCUAGAUCUCACAGCUGCAAGAGAAGUUGAUGAUUAUCUUUCAACUCGUCAUCAUGAGCUUACAUUCACUAUUCAGACCAGGUAGUGUUGGAUGGGAUCAGCUCUGUAGUCACAAAGAUCAAGGUGGGCUGGGUUUUAGGAACAUUUCCCUUUGGAAUCAAGCAGCUGUAGGGAAACUGGCUUAGGCAAUCAGUCAGAAACAAGAUAACCUGUGGGUCAAGUGGGUGCAUACCCUAUAUGUGAAACACCAUAACUGGCAGCAGUAUACUCCAUCUCUAGCUGCCAAUUGUGCCAUCAGGUAUAUUUGUAAGGUGAAAAACAGUAUUUCCAAUGCUCUUAAAUCCACUCAAUGGUUGGAUGAUCCUAAGUACUCCAUCAAGGACAUUUAUGGAGGGUUAUGUACUCAAAAACCAAAAGUUCAAUGGCACAGAUUUGUUUGGAAUAGGUUCUCAGUUCCAAAACACAGAUUCACACUUUGGUUGGCUCUGUUGGACAGAUUGAAAACUAGAGCAAGGUUAUUUAAAAUUGGAGUGGGGGAUGAUCCCAUUUGUGCUAUCUGUGGCACAACUGUGGAAACUUGCCCCCAUCUGUUCUUUAAAUGUCAAUUCAGCACUGACUGUUUACAGUUGGUCUUGACUUGGCUGGGUUUUAACUUGUUUAGGAAUAACCUUACUCAAUUGCUUCAGUGGGUAGGAGACAUUGUAAGAAAGUGUUUAGAAGGAAGGUUAUUUUCACUGCUUUGGCUGGUCUUGUCUACCAGAUAUGGAAGGCAAGGAAUGCAGUUGUUUGGAGCCUCCAAGUCCCAACUAAACAAUCCAUUAUGAAGACUGUCCAGUUUGAUACUAGGCACCGAGUUCAGAAUAUACUUGGCAAGACUGUCAGUAGGAUAGAUCAUGAUUGGUUUAGAGCACUGUAAGUGCUUCUAUGUUGUAUUAAGCUCAGGUUGUUGAGUUGUAGUU